UAUACCAAAGAAGAAGAGUCCCACUUUGAAAUGUUUUCCCUACGAUUCCAACAAAACAUGUCUGUUUUAACGGAUUUUAUGUAGUUUCCUCCUCCACACAACGGCUUAGGAACCUCUACAGAGUCAAGGAGGACUAUUGUUUUCAUGAGAAAUGCCACGUUGAGAAGUGCCGCGUGUUCCCGCUAUUUGCGAGCGGCUGAGGCUUAGCUUGUUUAGCUCGUCAGGAUGUCGGAGCGCCAGGGACAGGUGGGAGACUUGAACAAGCAGAGCAGUGAGCAACUCCACGAACUACUUCUGCGACAGAACAGCAUCCUUGCUGACAAGAGAUUAAUAGAGUCUCUCCCUGACAAGGGAAAGCGAUUAAGGGACUUUGCGGAGAGGAUACGCCUCGCUAUUGAACGCCGUGAUGAGGAGGAACGGAAGCAAAGCUUGGUGUCAGCAGCCAGGGCAGAGUUUCAGUCCAAGUACCGUCGUGCCAUCACUGGGCAGCAUCGUGCUGAGCAAAGUGAGGCAGCAGCAUCACAACAGAGGGACGCCUGCGUUCAUAUGAGGGAGGAGGAGGAAGAAGACACUGCUGAAACCAUGGCGACAGCUUCCCCCGGGGCCUCUCUGAAUUUUGUCGUGACAAAAGAAAGCGACCUUGCGGAGGUCUUGGAACGGGUUACAAUCUCCACUAGCACCGGUGACCAAGACAAGGAUCCUGUCAGAACUACUGUGACGGACAAUUACUUUCUCAAAAAGCAGACACCAAAGAAGCCUCAUCUUGUAACCGUCCUGGAAAGGACAGAAAACAUGACACCCGGAAGGCAAAAAUUCAAACCAAACCAGCUGCCAGACAAAAGCGGCAAGUCUCCAUCUGGGUUCUUAUCACCCGGCCAGUCGUCCGAAGGCUCGUCUCCGCUCUCCGAGCAGGCUCGGAGGGAACACGACAAAAAGCACCUGAACGACGUUACGGCCGCAAAGCUGCCUCCUCUCUACCACACUCCAGCCCAGCUUCUGUCUCUGCAGGAGUCUGCUGACCUACUGAGAACACAGACAAAGAAACAACAGGUCAGUCCAUUCUUGCAGGUAACACGCAUUUUCCUUCUUUACCCAAGUAUGAAAAUCAAAAUUUUUCAUCGGCUAGAGUUUUGUGAAUUUUCCCAUAUUUGUCCACUAGCAUAUUUGUCUCCUCUGAUGUUGGAUAUAAAAUAUACAGGGUUCGGCAAAAAAACUUUUUUGUUUCUUUAAUUUAUUUGCAUUUUAUUAAACCUACAAAUGUGUCAGAUCAUUUUGCCGGACCCUGUAUAUUAAAAAAACAAAAAUAGAUUAGCCAGUGUUUCACUGGUGACUCAAUUAAAGCCUUUAUUUUUGAAGCUCUUGAUUAGGAUUCAAUCAAUUUCACACUGUGUAAAAAUGUGAUAGUAACAACAACAAAAGUAUAUUUAUUAUCAGAUCAUUGUUGUUCCUGUUUUUUUUUUUUGCUGAGCGCUGCUUUUACAUUACACGUUUUGCCUUACCUUGAUAUUGUAUAUGUAUGUUAUGAAAGCCACAAUUCUAAAAUUAGCUCCACGUCAGCUGUCAUAACUACAUGUCUGGUAUUUCUAACAAACCAUUCUGUGUCAAUUCAGUAAAUAAUUCAAUGAUAUAUGAUUAAUUUAUUGUAGCUAUACAGAUUAAUGGAAACAAUAUUAUCUAAUCUUUAUUUUUACUAAUAAAAUAUAAACUUUAUUUUGUACUUUUUACAUGGCAGGCAGCCAGGCUCUGCCUCUGUUGCCUGACUUGACUGCAUGUUGCUUCUACCUCCAUGUCGAACACUUAUUACAUUAGUCAAUAAAUGUUGCCUUAGCUAAUGUUACUAUUUAUCAAGCACUUUGUGGACCUUCAUUUAGUAACAUGAUUCAGUCAGAGAUGACAGUGUUCUGAUUAACACAUGUUAGUCCGGCUACUCAUCAGUUAAGAAUCGAUGCCGUAAUUCGUAAAGUGGCGGCCGUGGCUCAGGCGGUAGAGCGGGUCGUUCAGUAACUGGAGGGUCGGCCGUUCGAAAUCUCUCUGUCUGAGUCAUGCGUCUUUGCAUGUCGUAUCCUCCAAAGAGCUCUAGAUGGCAGCAUUUAGCCAGCAUCCAAACAGACUGCAUGCAAGUAACGCUUCUACUCAUGGAAACCCGUGGGACCCCAUUAGCCAGUCCAUGACUGUCUCUUAAGUCUCGGGCCGCACAUUGAACCUCGCAUGUCGAGCCAAGCCAUUUGUUGUGGUUCACAUCAGGAGCUGCAGGCCAAGCUGGCAGCACAGAAACUGUCCGAGGGUUUGAAGAUGUCCAUGGGGAGCUACUGUCCUGACGGCGGCCCCAUGGCGGCCUACAGAGAGCUUCACGAUGUAGGAGCGCAGACUUCCUCAGAAGAGGACUAA